GUUUACUGUCACAAAUUCAAUAUACGUUACACACUAACAUUUUACAAUUAAUGUAAUAAAUCGUAUCAAGAAGCUGCAGCUGCUGUAAAGGGAUGAAACAGUAGCUUAGCGGUUGCCGUAAGUAUUUGCUCUGACCGAAUUCCAACUUAAUUGCAUCGGGAUCGAGUGUCUUGGUUUACUCAUGUCUUUAAAACUCUUUGGCAAGCCAAGCUUAGCAAUCAAAGCGUCAAGUGUCUGUUGGAAGCAUUUUGUGUGUCAUUCGGGUCUCGGGAGAUAGCCUGAUACGGGCCGUCACAUUUUCGGUGAUUUAACAUUAAUUUCAUGAAUGGGAACCCUGUUAUGAUUGUGCUGUGAAAGAAGUAAACAUGGAGAAGCUUAGAAAGGCCAUGGGGCGUAGCCCAAACACAACCAAGGAAAGCAGACACGAAAAGUUGGGAGAAGGCUGGAAUGAAAACAAGGAGGCGGUGAAAGACGGAAUUACCUUCCACAUGAAAUAUCUUGGAUCCACCCUUGUAGAAGAGGAAGAAGACAGUCAUAGCUAUGGAGAUGGUGUCAUCACGAAAGCACUGCAAAGCGUCAUUGCAAUGGCAAAAUCUUCAGGGAAAAAAUUACCGAAAGUCGCACUGACUGUCUCUGCGAAAGGAAUACAGAUCUGUGAUAUGAGCAAUAAACAGGUGCUUGAUGAGAUAUCCAUAUAUAGGAUUUCUUUCUGUUCUGCUGAUAAAAACUUUGACAAAGUGUUUGCUUUCAUGGCCAGAAAUUCUGUGAAUGAGACCAUGGAAUGCCAUGCCUAUCUCUGUGAUAAACCCAAAAUAGCACAAGCGGUUACUCUGACAGUGUCAAAAGCAUUUGAACUGGCAACUGAUUUACAUAACGAGAAAGCCAUUACUAGUCCAAACAAAGAAACUAAUAAAGAUGCUGAUAAAACUGUUGCAAAGUCAAACAAUGUUAAGAAUUCAGAGAAUAAAAAUUCAACAGUAAAUCAACCAAUCCCUCGACUCUCUAGUCCCAAAGCCAGUCAAGAUAUCCUUAGUAGCAAAUCACAUCAUAGUUCAAAAUGGCAAAGUUUUGAAGAUGAGAAUUUGGAUGAAGAUGAUUGUUUUUCUAUGCUAGCUGUGGGGAGGAGCAAGGGCCUGCAGGGAUUCAGAACUGACCUCAGACAGGAAGAUAUAGACGAUGGCGUCAGCCAGUACAUGAAUGGUAACAGUUCUCAACUGUCUAGUUCAAAGACAUCGUCUAUGGAGGACUUGAUGUGUCUGUGAAGUCUUUAUGUACAUUAGGAAUCUCUUCCUCUUCUAAAUCUUCUGUUGUUCUUGAUAAUGGGUUUGAAAAAUGACAUUAAAAUACCAGGGUAAAAAUGCCAUUGUGUAUGUAUGUGAACAAUAUCACUUUGAAGAGAAUCUUUGAUAAUUACACAUCAAACAACUCUUAGAACUGAGAAGAUAGCAGGCAGUUAAAGUGUCUUUAUUCAGUGAGAGAAGAGAUGCAUUGAUUAUUCUGCGGUAUAUGUGAAGGUUAAACUUUGUCUGCUGCCCAUUUGUUACUGCUUUCAUUAUGUCAAACAUGAUGUUCUUGUAUUUAUUUUGAGAUGAUGUCUGCCAUUUAGUUUUACACUUCAGCCCGUAAUUUGUGGAUGUAUUUUCACUGAAAGUUUUAUGUCAUAGGAGUAAACAGUAAUGUUUAUCAUCACAGUUUUAAAAGCUACACGAUAAGCGUCUAAAUCUCACACUAUGAUUUUUUCUCUUUUUGUUCAUUUUUGCUGGCCAAUUAAGGACAUAUUAUCACAUAUGGUUAACAAAGAUUAUUUUGUAUUGUUUAAAAUGGCACCUCAAUCUGUAUACAAAUUUAUUCGUAGAUGUAGACUAUUGUUUGCUCUGAGACUACAUCGAUAUCUGUAAAAUUCAGAUCAAUUUAUUAUUGCAUUGUGUAAAAUAAUGUACACCAAGCAAAAUGUUUCUUUUCUUUUUGAUAGAUAUUAACAUACAGUUAUUGCUUACUAAUCCCCUACUGGUAAAACCAGGGGGACUAUAGUCCAAUCCACACUUUGCAAAAGUUGUUUCCCUUUGUGGGGUCAACCCAAAGGUCAGAAGGGAAAAAUCUAAUUUCCCCUUCUUUAUGCAACCAAAUAUUUGGACACCCUGUGAUGAAAUCUGUUUGAGUUUGAAUUAUCACUUUAAUGUGUGGGUUGCCACAUUUUUCAUGUUAAACUUCAAAGUUGCUAACCUCUGAACUACAUAGACUACUGUAAAAAAUCUGUGGGUUUUCCCCCAAACACUAUAAGGUUUUCCCCAAAGAUGGCAGCCAAGGGACAUAUCUUUUCUUAAGUGUGAAUUGGUCUAUAGCCUUCUUUCAGUUAUUCCACCCCAGCCUGGUUUUCCAGACUUUUUUUUUGGUUUUGGUUUGGAGAAUUGAUUUGAAGCUUUCCAUGUAGCUUCAUAACGAGAAACUACAAACCAAGUUGAAGUUUUAUUAAGAUUGACAACUUUAUAAUUGUGAAAACCAUCACUACAGGUGAUUAAGAAAUUAAUCUUAAAUGUCUCAUUUUUUCUAAUCGGGUUCUUCCUUAAAAACGAUCUUUAUUUUCAUUUUCUCAAAGACAGCUGAAUUUUUUAAAUGUGACCACAUUUCUACAUUUCUGUACACUUGUGGCCACUAUGAGUUUGAGUGUUGUUUAUUGAAUGUUUAAGACAUAAGUAUUGUUUUCCAACUCCAUGAGAUUUCCACUCCAAACUCUGAUUUGUAUGUAUUCUACAGUUGACAUGAAAUGUUUGAAAUGUGAUUACACCCUUUAUAUAUUCAGUUAAGUAUUAAACUGUAUAUUUUUGAGGUACAAGUUGCUUUUGUGUGAAUGAAUUCAUUGAUUACUUUAAAAAAUAAAUAAUGAAAUAGAUAAAGAAAUAGAUUAAAAAUAAAAGUGGUAAUAUUAGGCACUGUUACAUCAGGUCAAAUUCUGCCGAUGAUUAAUUUAAUUGCCAUAUUGAAAUGUGAAAUAAUUCAAAUUUUUUAAUUCUUAGUUGAGAUGUGGAAAUGAAGUCAUUUCACCUUUGCAAAUCUUAUGAUAAAAUAAAAAUACCUUCCUGCCAUAUAAUAUUCUAAAACAUUGGUCUGAGAACCAAGUGAUUAAACUUUUUUUUGCCUAAAAUAAAUUCAAACAGAUUAAACAUAUUCGGAAUAUUAGUAUUUUGUCAACACUUCUGAUUUUUUAUUUCAAUUUGAUUGCAGUGCUAUUAUGUAUUGUCUAUUGAUAAAUAUAUGUAAUAUCCUUUUAAUCAUAAAGCUAAAGAUUUUAAUUGAAUAUUUAUUAAUUAGUGAUGAUGGUUUAUUUUCUUGCAGUAAUUUGAAUUCAGUUAUUAGAAUUUUAAAAAAGCAUAUUUGUUACAUUCUGCUCAGUACUGGGCUAAGUUUGAUCUAAAAGAAUUUAUAUUUAAUUUCUUUCAGUUUCAUUAACUUAUUACCAUGAAGCUCCUUAACUUUGACAAGAAAAAGCAAAUUAUUGGGCAAUUUUAUUUAAAAUGCUCACUUAUAAAUAAUGGGCAUCAAUUUUUAUUUAAAAGCAUAAUAAAACAUUUAGAUAUGAAAUUUGACAGAUGAUACCUGCUGGUGCUAAAUGCUUAGAAAUUUUAUUUAAUUUUUUUAAGAUAGAACAACUCAAGUAUGUUCUCUUUUUUACUAGUACAUAUAUGUACUUUUACAGAAUAUGUCUUAUGUUGUGAAUAAAAUUUAUAUUUUUUGUAUAAACAUGCUUGCAAAAUGUCUUAGUCCGGCACCACUUGAAUUUUAAAUAAUUUUUUCUAGAAUGACCAGAAAAUGAACUAUAUCAAAGCAUUGACAAAUUUGGUAGGAUAGAUUCAAGUAUCAAAUUGUUAAGAUCAUUGCUACAAGUAAUUAUGUUAUACACGUACAUAAAUUAAGCGUGCAUAUAAUUUCUACCUCAUUAUCUAACCUCCCGUAGACACUUGUAUUUCAAGUUGAUGUUUCAACUCAUGGAUCUACAUGUAUAGAGCAAUAAUUACUAGGAAGAUAUUUUUGUAGCAUCCAGUCUUUUUAAAGUUUAAAUCCUUCAUUUGAUCUCAAAUAAAACUCAUUUUAUAUAGUAGGGCAUUUACCAAACGCAUGAAGGAUUUGAUAUUUGUUGAAUUUGGCAUUUUUUUUAGUUACGGUAAUUGCAUGAGUUAUGUAACCCUAGAUGAUAGAAUUCAGAUUAUGAAUACGACAAAUUAUAUAUUGUUGUGAUAAUUACGUCCAAUGAAUAGUGCUAUGUGACCUUCUGAAAGUUUCCUCGACAGCAUAUACUUGUCAUAUAUAGCUACACGAAUGUGAGAAAUACUGAUUAUUCAAACAAAUAACAAUUUCACAAACUAUUAAAUUCAUGUUUUAUGAAUGGCACCAAUAACGUUUGAUAGUUGAAUUCAGACAACCAUAUGCAAAGCUUACGGUACAGUUGAGAUACAUAAACACCGAUAUUUAAUUUAACUCUUAUAAUUCUUUUAUAAUUCUGAUGUAGAUUUGAUAGCUGUACAUGUUGAUGGGCAUUUUAUAUUCUUGCUCAUUCAAUGUAAAAAAUUUUGUAUGAUCAUCUUUUAACAAAAAUUACAGAAAAUGCGUUUUCUCGUGUAUCGAUACUGUAUCUAUUAUGUUAUCUAUUUUGAAUUAUUAUGCUGAAUGCUUAGUAUAAUAAUUCAUAAGCAUGCCUUUUUUGCAGUAAAGAUGUUGAAUAAACUUGUUUUCAAACAGAUAAAAAAUGAAUUGCUUAU